UUUGUUUUAAACUGCCAUUGUACCUUGGACUUGAAAUCAUAGUAGCCUAGUUGAGUCUACCUUACACCUACUUGAGCUAUCUAGCUUAGGUAGUACGUAGUAUACCUAGUAUUACCUAGGUAGGGAAAAACACUGCAUGGUACAGGGGUGGACCAUGUACGAUCAAUGUGUACCACCCCAAAAAAAGUACAUUAAAACGCGUCCUGACACCGGAGAUGGGCAUCAGUCGCGACAUGUUGUUGGUGAGAAACGGAGUUAAAGACCUCUACUCUCCUUUCGAAGAAUUGUUGUUGUAACUGCGUACAAAAGUACAGUACGUAUUAGGAAACCAGUCGAACAGAAGUGAGCAUUAUAUAGAGAUUAAAUGAAAGCAGUAACAUCAUUUUAACAAGCCAUUCAAGAACUCCAAGCAGUUGUUUAUGACUAAGGGUCUCGAUAUUGAAGUGUUGUCAUCAUGUAUAUUCACCACAUGAACGAGUAUGGAGAGUAUGUUUAUUGUCAAGAAAAUAAGAUAUUUUAGCAUAAACAGAAUUUAGAAAUUUCUCAUUUUCAGUGAGACUUCUGAUAAGAUUUUAAAAGGAAUGUGUCUAAUGCAUUUUGAAAUACGUACAAAAUAGUGAUAAUUGUUUUUAUGUGAUAGUGUUUCAGAAGAAAUUAUAGUUAAAACAUAUUCCAGUGAAAAGAUGUCUGUGAAGGGAAAUUUUACCUGUACAGUUUGUUUGCGAACAUUUGCUCUUAAGAGUAGCCUUCAAAUUCAUGAAUUAAAUCAUAAUACCGAUUUCAAAUCACACAGAUGCUUGAUUUGUGGGAGGCAGUACAGCCUCUUAGCAAGUUUAGAAACUCACAUGUUGAAUCAUGGCCCAAAAGUACCUUAUGAAUGUUCAGAAUGUGAUGAAAAUUUUUCUUCAAAAGGUGAAUUGUUGGAACAUGGAAAGGUACAUGAUGUGAACUGUGAAAAUUUACAGUGUAUUGUUUGUGAAGAAUUAUUUUCAUCUGAGAAUACGUUUAGAAAGCAUUUAAAAUCUCAUAUUAAUAGAAAAACUUUUGAGUGUACUGUUUGUAAUGAGACAUUUGAUGUGGAACAAUUAUUAAAAUAUCACCAGCUAAAACAUGAGGUUAAAAGUAAAAAGUGCCCUUUUUGUACCGAAAUAUUUUCUUGUGAAACUGAAUAUACAGAGCAUCUUAAAAGUCAUGAUUGUAAAGGUGAUAUUGUCAAAUGGUCAAAAGAUAUUGAGUCUUCAUUGCAGGAUUUUCCCAAAGUGGAGGUAAACCCAGAUCCUGUCUUUACUGGCAAGAACUGGGUAUGUUCAGUAUGCACGAAGGCCUUUAAAUAUAAAAAGCCUUACCAUAAACAUGUAGCAGCUCACAUAGAGAAGGGAGAAAGAUCUGAAAGUUUUGCAAAAGAGGUAUCUAAAGAAGACAUAUCUUUAAGACGAGUGCGACAUUCCUGUGAAGUUUGCAAGACAUCAUUUUCAUGUUUAGACAGGCUUAGAAAGCACCUUGAUCUUGAACUGUAUGGAUGUGAAAUUUGUAAUGUAUCAUUUUCAUCUUGUAAAGAUUUUAAAGAACAUAUAAAAAACCAUUCAUUGGACUGCAGUAAGUGUGGAAAAGUUUUUAGAAAACUUGGUCUAUUAAAGCAGCACAUUCUUAUUCAUACUGAGGCCCAGCAUUGUGAGAUUUGUAAAAAGACUUAUCCCAAUGAAUGGAGCUUACGUCGUCACAUGAUGGCAAUUCAUGCAGACAACAGACAUGUUCAGUGUGAUUUGUGUGGAAAAUUGUAUGAAAAACGUUCCUUGAAGAGCCAUAUGAUGACACAUACAGGAGAAAGACCGUACAAAUGUGAAGUAUGUGGCGACAGUUUUGUACAAAGAGUUCAUCUCCGAACACACAUGAAAAUUCAUACAGGAGAGAAAAAUUAUUUUUGUGAAACUUGUGGCAAAAUGUUUGCUUUGAAAAGUACUCUGGAUGUUCACUGUAGAACUCACACUGGAGAGAAACCAUACACAUGUCCCAUUUGUUACAAAAGUUUUGCCAGUUUAACAUCGCUGCGGCAACAUAGGAGAACUCAUUUCCCAAGUGAGAAGUUUGCAUGUGAAAUUUGUGACAAAAAGUAUGCUCAGAAGUUUCCAUUAUACCUUCAUUAUAGUAAAACUCACUCAGAAAGUGAAUUGCACAGCUUAGAUAAAGAACUGCAAAAAAAGAUCUUCCAUCAUACUCGCAGAAAUAGAGAUUCCUCUGGUGAUAUAAAUAAAAAGGAAGGAAUUAAGAAAUAUGAAUGUGGUUAUUGUGGGAAAGUUUUCAGUGUUAAAGCUAAUUUGCAGAUACAUGUUCUUCUCCACACUGGUCAGAAACCACAUAAGUGUGAAGUAUGUGGGAGAAGCUUCAGACUUAAGUAUAGCCUGAAGAUUCAUAAGAGAACCCAUACUGGUGAGCGUCCAUAUCAGUGUAAUAUAUGUGAAAAGCGUUUUGUUCAAUAUACACACGCUAAGACUCACAUGGUUCUACAUACUGGUAAAAAACCAUAUUCUUGUCCUAUCUGUGGUAAAGCUUUUGCUGAUAAAAACAAUCUUUCUGCUCAUAAGAAGAUACAUUUGAAAUAUUCACCUGAUGUGUAUAUCUCUAAGAGGCAUUUUUGCCCCUCAUGUGGAAGAUCAUUUCUUACAAAGAAAGACCUCAUGUAUCAUGUUAGUGGUUGUUCAGUUGAAGAGUUUGGAACCACUCAUAAUGUUCAUGAGGAAGUGAAAAUUGAAGAGGAUUUAGAAACAUGUGCUAGUUAUGAGUCUGUGGAAUGUGUGGAAGGUCCAACAAAGAGUUUUGAGCAUCUCAUGACAGUGCCAUCUAUUGAAUGUUCAACUAAUGUCCCAAUAGAUUCCAACAUUCAGUCACAAAAAUCACAGGUCAUCAUGAUAAGUUCAGAAGGUGUUGAUGAAGUUCUUAUUCAUGAAGUAGAUGAUACAUUUUUGGAAGAUCUGGCCACAGUAUCGAGUUAGUACCAUGAGAUUUUGACAUUAUUCGAGAUAUAUAUAUAUA